GGCUCGAGCGGAGUAGCAACAGCAGCAGCAGCGGCGCGCACGACGGACGGACGGACGGACGGACCCGCUGAUUGUCCAUCACCGUGCUGCAACGGGUAUCGACUCAGCUGGCACAUACCUGGCUUCUUUUAGCUGCCUUUUUAUUUGUACGCUGCCCCUGGGCCAAGCUCUACCACCGUGAACAAGGAGUCUUCGAUUGUCAUCAACAAACCGGGACGAUGACGGCACCUCCCGCAGCCUCAAUUGCGUUGCAUGCAGUGGUAUUCCCCUCCAUCGAAGAAUUGGAGCAGGCCGAUGCAUCGGCAGCGGCAGCUCUCCAGUCCUUGCGUGCAGCUCUGGAAAAGGCCGAGGCACACAAUCCCGGUUUUGUUCACGAAUUCGUGGAUCAAGUCUUGGAGCGUGCGCAGUCUAAGGGUGGCACGGACAUUUCAGAACAGCUCCUCCGAAAGGCCAACAGUGACAUUGAGAGCUAUCGCUUUGACACGAAGACCCCUGAGCUCAAGGACUUGCUGCAGCGGGCGGAAGCUCUGAAGGAGAUUCUGAGUACCAUUCCGGAUGAAGUCCAGAAUCGCACGCGCUUUCUGGGCAUUAUCCGCAAGAUUGCGGAGAGCAUCAAGGAGGUGCUGGAUGCCGUCAACGCCGUGGCCACCAACAACGCUGAUGUCAUGGGUGACCACAUUACUGGCCUGCAGCAACAGCGCAAAACUUUUGUUCGCGGCUCCAAGAGCUUUAGCGACACUUUGAAACAGUAUUUCAAGGAUAACAAGGCGCCGGUACUCUUCAAGGCAGCACACCGCCUAAUAGAUCAGACCAACAGUCUGCUCCGAACCAUCAAGGCGGCCGUGGAUGCUUAAGUUGGCCGGCCGCCGCCCUGUGUUUCCUUGUUCCCUUCCCGCUGUACAAAAGCCAAAACAUAUGGGAAAGAUGAUUGCAUCUGUGCACGCGAGGGCAACCACCCUCGUCCUUUGAUAGUCCCUGCCUUGGCGGCACAGCCGUGCCGCCGGCUUCUGCUGGGCGCUCUCGUCCAUGGGUGUAACCGGCGCCUGCAAGCGUUCCAUUCACCACAAAAUCGAUGUUAAACUUU